CUGAUGGAAGUUGAUAGGCAGGGCUGGAAGUGAGCACCAGUCCUGGAUGUGACAGCAAGCAGAGGAGCACUUUGCAGCUUAUUCAGUGUCCGAUUCGGAUUCCGGCAAGAAUCCAAGCAUGGAAUGCUGCCGUCGGGCAACUCCUGGCACACCGUUCCUCUUGCUGGCUUUCCUGCUCCUGAGCUCCAGGACCGCGCGCUCUGAGGAGGACCGCGACGGCCUGUGGGACGCCUGGGGCCCGUGGAGCGAGUGCUCGCGCACCUGCGGCGGAGGGGCCUCCUACUCGCUGAGACGCUGCCUCAGCAGCAAGAGCUGUGAGGGAAGAAAUAUCCGAUAUAGAACAUGCAGUAAUGUGGACUGUCCACCAGAAGCAGGUGAUUUCCGAGCACAGCAGUGCUCAGCUCAUAAUGAUGUCAAAUACCAUGGCCAGUUUUAUGAAUGGCUUCCUGUGUCUAAUGACCCUGACAACCCAUGUUCCCUCAAGUGUCAGGCCAAAGGAACAGCCCUGGUUGUUGAACUUGCACCUAAAGUCUUAGAUGGGACUCGUUGCUACACAGAAUCUUUGGAUAUGUGCAUCAGUGGUUUGUGCCAAAUUGUUGGCUGCGAUCAUCAGCUGGGAAGCACCAUCAAGGAGGAUAACUGUGGAGUCUGCAACGGAGAUGGGUCCACCUGCAGGCUGGUCCGCGGGCAGUAUAAAUCCCAGCUCACCACAACCAAACUGGACAACACAGUGGUUGGUAUUCCCUAUGGAAGCAGACAUAUCCGUCUUGUCUUAAAAGGACCUGAUCACCUGUAUCUGGAAACCAAAACCCUCCAGGGGGCUAAAGGUGAAAACAGUCUCAGCUCUACAGGCAUCUUUCUUGUGGACAAUUCUAGUGUGGACUUCCAGAAAUUUCCAGACAAAGAGAUACUGAGAAUGGCUGGACCACUUACAGCAGAUUUCAUUGUCAAGAUCCGCAGCUCGGGGCCUGAGAACAGUACAGUCCAGUUCAUCUUCUAUCAGCCUAUCAUCCACCGAUGGAGGGAGACGGACUUCUUUCCUUGCUCAGCAACCUGUGGAGGAGGUUACCAGCUGACAUCGGCUGAGUGUUACGAUCUUCGGAGCAACCGUGUGGUUGCUGACCAGUACUGUCACUAUUACCCCGAGAACAUCAAACCCAAGCCUAAGCUUCAGGAGUGCAACUUGGAUCCUUGUCCAGCCAGUGACGGAUACAAGCAGAUCAUGCCCUAUGACAUCUACCAUCCCCUUCCUCGGUGGGAGGCCACCCCGUGGACCGCGUGCUCCUCCUCAUGCGGGGGGGGCAUCCAGAGCCGGGCAGUUUCCUGUGUGGAGGAGGACAUCCAGGGGCAUGUCAGCUCAGCGGAAGAGUGGAAAUGCAUGUACACCCCUAAGAUGCCCACCGUGCAGCCCUGCAACAUUUUUGACUGCCCUAAAUGGCUGGCACAGGAGUGGUCUCCGUGCACAGUGACGUGUGGCCAGGGCCUCAGGUACCGUGUGGUCCUCUGCAUCGACCAUCGGGAAAUGCACACUGGAGGCUGUAGCCCCAAAACCAAGCCCCACAUAAAAGAGGAAUGCAUCAUACCCACUCCCUGCUAUAAACCCAAAGAAAAACUUCCGGUAGAGGCCAAGCUGCCAUGGUACAAACAAGCCCAAGAAUUCGAAGAAGGAGGCGCUGUGUCAGAAGAGCCCUCGUUCAUCCCAGAGGCCUGGUCGGCCUGCACGGUCACCUGUGGUGUGGGCACCCAGGUGCGAGUGGUCAGGUGCCAGGUGCUCCUGUCUUUCUCUCAGUCCGUGGCCGACCUGCCCGUUGACGAAUGUGAAGGACCCAAGCCGGCGUCCCAGCGCCCCUGCUACGCAGGACCGUGCCACGGGGAGGCUCCCGAAUUUAACCUGGAAGAGACAGAUGGCCUCUUGGGUGGCCUGCAGGACUUUGACCAGCUCUACGACUGGGAGUAUGAGGGCUUCACCAAGUGCUCUGAGUCGUGUGGAGGAGGUGUCCAGGAGGCUGUGGUGAGCUGCCUGAACAAACAAACCCGGGAACCCGCGGACGAGAACCUGUGCGUGACCAGCCGGCGGCCCCCCCAGCUUCUGAAAUCCUGCAGUUUGGAUCCCUGCCCAGCAAGGUAA